GUCCACGGUGAUAUUGCCUCCAACAAUAAUUGUGGCAGCUCCGAAAUGGAUACCCAUUUAUCCUAUAAAAGUAUAGCACCACAUGUGGGAAUCAUGAGGAUGCUAGGCUUUUAUCAACUCAGUACGAAGACACCAAAGAUAUUUCGAAAUAUCCAUUAUGUCUAUAUGCGUGUAAUUCUUUUAUUAUUCGUAUUAUAUGCGAUCCAACAAUUUUUGAAACUCUACGAAGUGCGUGACGACGCUGAUAAAGUAAUGAGCACGAUGUUUUUAUUUUUGACCUACACUGACUGUAUUUUCAAAGCUGUGGUUGUAAUGAUGAAAACGGAUGAAAUCGAAGAGGUUUUCGAUAUUAUGAAAGGUCCAUUAUAUAAUCAAGGUGAUCCAGAACACCGCCCGAUUUUACUGGAAGCAGGGAGACAAGGACUGAUAGUUCUUCGAACGUUUAACUACAUGUGUAUUAUUACAUGCAUACUUUGGGUUGUACAUCCAACAAUAAAGCACAUUCAAGGAAAAAUAAUUGAAUUCCCAGUAUGGCUGCCAUUUGAAUACAACUCAAAUCCACGUUACUAUUUUGCGGCUCUUUAUAUUGUUACACAGACAACGUGGGAAGGCUAUGCCAACAGUACCAUCGAUGUACUUAUAGUCUUUUUAUUAGUGCAAUGUAAAGCACAGAUAUCUAUUAUCAGGGUCGAACUUCAGAGGUUAGUAAUGAAAAGUCAAGAAGAAGCGAAUGCAUUAUCCUGCCAUUUUACAGUCAUUGCUGAGAAACGUAUUAAGAAAAUAUUGGUACACCACAGGCAGAUUGUAAAAACGGCUGACAAAAUACAGGAUAUAUUUGGCUACGCUGUCUUUUAUCAGUUAUUGGUAGCAGGUUGGAUACUGUGUACAUCAGCCUAUAGAAUGGCUAGUGUGACUCCUUUAUCUGUGGAAUUCUUGUCUAUGCUGAUGUAUAUCAGUUGCAUCUUAUUACAAGUAUUCAUAUAUUGUUAUUUUGGAAGUGAAGUUACUUAUGAGAGUGAAAUGUUGACAGAAUCUGUAUACUUCAUGAACUGGCUCGCAUUACCAGUAAAACUUCGACGGACCAUUAUUAUUUUUAUGGAGAGAAUCAAACGUCCCAUAAGACCCAUGGCUUGUUACAUCGUACCAUUCUCCAAUGCCACAUUCGUAUCGAUUGUACGGAGUUCAUAUACUUUUUACGCAUUUUUGAAGAACUCAAACGACAGCAGUACUUAAAACUCUAAGAUCACUAUAUACGAUUAAUAUGAAUGCAUUUGUAUUUAUUUAUACAUAAGAUACUAGAUACUUUCAUUUCAAAUAAAACAAUAUUAGACACAUUGAUAUAAGUAGAUUAGUACGUAAUUUAAAAUAAAUAAAAUCUGUAAAACUGUGGUUUCUCAAAGUUUCAAUUAGGUACAAGUAUUCGAAAAUUAUAUUGAGGCGUUAUUACGCCUGAAUAUAAUUUUGCACAGCAAAUUUGCUGUGCUCUUAUUACUUUUAAGUACAAUUUAUAGUCAUAUUAUUUAAUUACAUUUACAAAGAAUUUUAAAGUAUAAGUACAGAGAUUAAUUAUCCAAAAGAACUUAAAACUUGAACAAAAUAUGUGUACGUGCUUGUAUAGUUACCUAGAUUGUACAAAAUAAUUAAUAAUGAUGAAAUUACAAUUUUUA